CCGCAGACUUCUCACGGCUAGUUCCGCCCAAAAAUGCCAGUUCCGCCUUCUCCCUUUUCCUUCAGCUCAUCAUCUAAGUUCACGUCUACAUCAUGUCUCUUCCUCAACCAGUUCCCCCUUCAUGGAAGGACCUCGGAAAGUCUUCUAACGACUUGUUGGGGAAAGACUAUCCUUUCCAUGGGACAUCUCUGGAGGUCAAGACAAAGACGCCAUCCAAUGUCGCGUUCAAAGUCGGUGGAAACAGGGACUCGAAAUCUGGUGCCAUUGCCGGGGACAUCGAGGCCAAGUACACCGACAAGAAGAACGGCCUCGUUUUCACCGAGACAUGGACCACUUCUAACGCUCUCAAAUCUCAGCUCGAGCUCGAGAACUAUCUUGCCAAAGGUCUCAAGCUUGAUAUCGCCACAUCAUUGACACCCGACAAGGGCCAAAAGUCAGCCUUGCUUAACGUGAUCUACAAACAGUCUGGCGUCCACACCCGUGGCGCGUUCGACGUGUUCAAGGGCCCCACCUUUACCGCUGAUACUGUCUUCGGUCGCGACGGCUUUUUGUUCGGUACUGAGGCUGCUUACAACGUCACUGAGGGUAAGAUCACCCGGUAUGCUGCUGCCAUCGGUUAUAACGCUCCCGAGUACGCUGUGACUGUUCACGGUCUCAACAACCUCAAAACCUUCACUGCGAGCUACUACCACCGCGUCAGCGCUGAUGUUGAGGCUGGUGCUAAGGCUGUCUACGAUACCAAGGCAACGACUUCGGGUGUUGCUCUUGAGGUGGGCACUAAGGCGUACCUUGAUUCGGCUGCUUUCGUCAAGGCAAAGAUCAACAACUCCGGUGUUCUCGCACUUGGCUAUACACAGGCCCUCCGUCCUGGUGUCAAGGCUUCCUUCGGUCUUGCCCUGGACACUCAACGCUUGAACGAAAUCAGCCCCACUGGCCCAACUCACAAGGUCGGAGCUAACAUUGUGUUCGAAUCGUAAAGCUACGGCAGUUUGAUAGCUAGUCGUGUCGUUCUGCAUUAUUAAUGACAUUAUCGCCCCACACAUUGCCAAGUAAUGCAAUGCAUCGCUUAGCGUACACUUGCACUAACACAAAUGGUGAUUGCCAUGGGCUUGAACUUUCGCAACCGAUAGUUGGUGACAGUUGUUGAUGCGUCCUGUGCUAGUACGUGGAUGUAUGAUGCGCGUCAUGA